GCCUGUUGUGACAGGGUGACAUCAUGUUGUCUCUCCCAACUGCGGCCGUGAAAGCUGGUCAGGAGAAAUCAGACUUCCUUAGGUUUUUCAUCUGCCUAACAGAAAGGAAAUUUGGAGAGCGACCUCAACCGAAACGGCUCACAAGGGAAGCAAUGCGAAAUUACCUGAAGGAGCGAGGUGACCAAACAGUGCUAAUACUCCACGCGAAAGUUGCGCAGAAAUCAUAUGGAAAUGAAAAAAGGUUCUUUUGUCCUCCUCCAUGUGUGUAUCUCAUGGGCAGUGGAUGGAAGAAAAAAAAAGAGCAAAUGGAGCGGGAUGGUUGCACUGAGCAGGAGUCACAACCUUGCGCCUUUAUCGGGAUAGGAAACAGUGACCAAGAAAUGCAGCAGCUGAACUUGGAAGGAAAGAAUUAUUGCACUGCCAAAACAUUAUACAUAUCAGACUCAGACAAGAGAAAGCACUUCAUGUUAUCGGUAAAAAUGUUCUAUGGCAAUAGUGAUGACAUCGGUGUGUUCCUCAGUAAACGGAUCAAAGUCAUCUCCAAACCCUCUAAAAAGAAACAGUCACUGAAAAAUGCAGACUUAUGUAUUGCAUCAGGGACAAAAGUGGCACUAUUUAAUAGACUUCGAUCCCAAACAGUUAGCACCAGAUAUUUGCACGUAGAAGGUGGUAAUUUCCAUGCCAGUUCACAACAGUGGGGAGCAUUUUACAUUCACCUGUUGGAUGAUGAUGAAUCAGAAGGAGAAGAAUUCACAGUGAGAGAUGGCUACAUUCACUAUGGGCAGACUGUCAAACUUGUGUGUUCAGUUACUGGCAUGGCACUCCCAAGACUGAUAAUUCGAAAAGUAGAUAAACAAACGGCAUUAUUGGAUGCAGAUGAUCCAGUAUCACAGCUCCAUAAAUGUGCAUUUUACCUUAAAGACACUGAGAGAAUGUAUUUGUGCCUUUCCCAGGAGAGAAUAAUCCAAUUUCAAGCCACUCCAUGCCCAAAAGAACCAAAUAAAGAAAUGAUUAAUGAUGGAGCUUCUUGGACAAUCAUUAGCACAGACAAAGCAGAAUACACAUUUUAUGAGGGGAUGGGUCCAGUCCAUGCUCCAGUGACACCUGUGCCUGUUGUGGAAAGUCUUCAAUUGAAUGGUGGUGGGGAUGUAGCAAUGUUGGAACUUACAGGACAGAACUUCACUCCAAAUUUACGUGUCUGGUUUGGGGAUGUGGAAGCUGAAACCAUGUACAGAUGUGCAGAGAGCAUGCUUUGUGUUGUUCCAGACAUUUCUGCGUUUCGAGAGGGUUGGAGGUGGGUCCGACAGCCAGUCCAGGUUCCAGUAACUUUGGUCCGUAACGAUGGCAUAAUUUACUCCACCAGCCUUACCUUUACAUACACACCGGAACCAGGGCCACGGCCACACUGCAGUGCUGCUGGAGCAAUCCUCAGAGCCAACUCAAGCCUCAUGGCCUCCAGUGAAACAAACACAAACAGUGAGGGAAGUUACACAAGCGUCAGCACAAACCCCACCAAUGUCACAUCGUCUACGGCAACUGUAGUUUCCUAACUACUGUUGUUUGUCUGGACUUUAAUUGACUUUUCGUGCUACAUUCAAGAAAACGGAACAAUUUUUGUGGUUUCAUGGGAAAACACUUUUCCAUUUUAGGUGAUGUGAUUUCAACCUUGUUACCUGCAAGUGCUGAUCUUAAAAACAGAAGCCACAAUAAAAAAAAGAAAAAACCAACAUCCGAAACAUAAGAACUUUAUUGAAAAUCUAUUUUUCAGCUGUGGUUUUUUUAGUGGGCAAGAAACAGAAAUGUGGCUGGGAUACAUGUUGAGCAAACUAGAAAACAUGAACACAACAUAGUUUUUAUGGACCAAGGAACUUGUAUAAGCUUUAGUAUAAAAGGUACAUUUUCACCAUACCUUUUUUGUAUCACAACAUAUAGUACACUUUUGUUACCAAAUAGUUUAUAUUUUUUUUUCCUCUGAGCUUUUGCUCUGAAGUAUAUUCAGGUUCCAAGCCUGACCAUGCUUGUAUAAUCUAAUUACCAUACUCUUCCAGUUUUAAAAAAAAAUAUAUAUUUUUGGUCUGUGGCUGGAACUGUUCCUUUUUUUAAACUGAAGUCUUGUGACUUUUUAUGAACUGAAAUUGUUUUUAUUUCAGCAAGUAGAACCUUGUAAAGGCCAGCAUAUUUUUUUUAAGAUUAUAUGAAGUCUGUGCAAAAGCUUUAAAAAAUGCCUCUGCCUUGCCUGCAAUACAUGCAAUGUAUGUUAACUUUAGUGCUCUGUUUUCAGUCAUUGUUAAUAGUUAUUUCUGUUUUUCUUUUUUAAAUAUGUAUUUAUAGUGAUAAUUCAUGAGGUUCUAACAUUACAUGAGUUUUUUUUCCUAAAAGUGGCAUCUCAAGCAGUCAUAUUAAUGAUUGUUCAUGUCACAGGCAUAUGUUGGUGUUUUUGAAGGGUUGUUACUGGGUUACUCCCCCUCUUCCUUGCUCACUCAUAUUACAUCUGAAAAUGUUUCAGGAUCUGUUCAGGUUUUUCUAAUCUUGUACAUAAUUUGUAUUAAGUGUAAGUUAAAUGUUUUAUUUCAAAAGUGGAAUGUUUCCAAUAACUUCAUUUGGCAGCAUGUCUUCUGUCUUGUUGGCAUGAAACUAAAGUACCAUGAGAAGUAUGUGCUACAAAUGGGAUUGGUAGGUGAUGCCCUUCAUCACUUGAGAAUCACAACAAGCAUGUUUUUCUUCAUACUGUUCAGUAAAUUAGGCCAGACUUUUGUGUAACACUUGUAUUGAGAACGUGCUUUCAUUGUGAAGUGAUCAUACAGUAAUAACUAGAAGUAAAUUUUAUUACUUAGAAAUGGGCAAAUAGAAAAUCAUAAAAGCACUAUGAAGAUGUCAACUCCUCCCAUCCUUGUUUCCUGUGGGUUUCCCUUUCCCUGCCAACAGCUUGUGCAACAUUCAAGUCUUCUCUCCAGCAUAAAUUCAAGGCUCAUUUGCACUUUGACUUUGUUGGUUGUUGCAUUUGUUUUUCAUUUUGACUUUACCAUGUUUUGUCCCUCCUUGUAGACCUGCCUGUUUCAUUUGUAUUUGAACGUAUUCCCCCGUAGUUCAUUUGUAGUCACAGAGCUAGGCAUAGAAUUGUAGGACAAGUUCUGACAGUGUGAUCUUCCUCUUUAAAAGCCAAAAUUUCAUGGUGUGUUCAGCCUUUUCUGUACCCUGAAGCAAAAGUCACAACUGCUGUGUAAAUGUGAACCUGUGGUUUCCUACAGUGCAUUGCUUACAAGCUUACCUGUUGGCCAUUUUCAUAGGGUUUUUAUUUCUGACCACUGAUUCCAGUUUCAACACCCACCACCAUUGUAAAGCAUUGUCUCUGCGCCGUAUUUGUGUACUCUGACGCUCCAUUCUACUUGUUUGAUUAGUGCUCUGUUGUAUGUGUGAAAACAAUGUGUUUAAAGGAAGAAAUUGGUUAUAAAGCAUAUUUAGCAAAUAGUAAAAUCAGUGCCACUGUCCUCCUGAAAUGUGCUUGUAUUCUACCACAGGCCUUCAUGCUCGUUACUCUGUACUGCAAACGUGUUCCCGUGAUGUAGUUGCAAUGCUGGUUCCUAGCACUAGUGAAUGCUGCCUCACCUCAUCUCCAUUUCAGUGACCAAGGGCAGGAUUCAUUGUGGCCUUAUCUCUGUUUUAAACUGUUUACUGGCAUUUACUUGCAAAUCUGUUUACCUUUGUAUGUGCUGUAAAAUUUUGGUUUACUGUGUUGUGGCAGGAGUCGUUUCACAGUGUUUUUGAUAGAAGCACAUAAAUAUCUUACAGUACAGCUUAGUUCAAGAGCCACAGAUUUUCAUCACUAAUUAGACUGAGAAUUAAAAUAAGCAAGACAUAUAUAUCAGAUUUAGAGGGUAUUCAAGAAACCAUGAUAGACACACAGCAGGCAAACCAUAACAAGCCUUUUAAUCUUCAAAGACUAUUUAAAAUAGCUUUUCAGAACUUGACACGUGCUUUUAUACUCAUUAUUUUAAAUUUUUUUACAUAUAAAUGCAAUACUUUUUAUAUUCAGUUUCUUUACAUGCGGUAAUUUUGCCCAAUAGAUAUAAUAUCCCUUGACUUGUAAAGAUUUAUCCUAAUAUCUUGCUGUUCUACACACUACAGCCAAGUGGGUGAAAAAAGAGCCUAUUCUGCUUACAAGAUCAUUUUAAACCACAUUUUUUCAUUUGGCUUGUGGCUCUCUUGUUGCCAGUAGUUAUUCUGUAGUACAGAAAUGGUCUUCCAGGUCCUUACUGUUGUUAAUACGUCCAGUUGUUCAGACAUAUUAUCUUCCUGAACUUUUUUUCUGUGGGGUGAUAUUGUUACAUAUAUUGGCCUUGUGAGCUGUUAACAAUUUUCAUGAUAUUAACAAUAUCUCAAGAUUUUGAUAAAACUACUUAUAAAAUGUUUCAGUAUGAAACUCUUAUAACUGUUCAAGUCUAGCUGUUAAGUCUGCUGUUAAUUCUGUAUACAUAGAAAUUGAGUCUGUGUUCAGAAUGUUGUUAUAGUUCCAACUAUAGGAAGAAGAAGCAAAGUGAGUGCUCCAAUUUAGCUAUGCCUUUUCUUGUUUUCUGUUGCUUGGAACUGCGUUUCAGAAUUCAACACUAGCAUAGUCUUUAAUAAUCUGCUGCUGAUGUUUUUCCUAAUUAUUUGCCCCAAGGGCAUCCCACAACUAUGUUAAUAAUGGUAUUCUGUACUUGUUUUCAUUGCACAGACUUAAAAAAUCAGAAUGGUUACCUGAAAAGACAUUAAUUCAAGAUAUAAAUUGAUGAAUUCCCCAUAUAGAAAAUAUUAAUGCUUAGUGAAUCAAAUUAUCUCUUGGAAGUAAGCUACCCACUUGUGGAUUAAAUGACUCCAUAGAGAUGUCCAUCUUGCAACUAAGAUGCUCUUCAAUUAUUAACCAUAUUAUUUACUUUCUUUCAAAAGCAGCUGUGUUUAUGAGUACUGAACAAAUGUGUAUACUUUCCUGUGCCAGACUUUUGACUUUGUUUUCAAGCACUGUACUGUGGGAUUGAGUGGCAGCUUUGUUAGAAAAGAAGUAUAUUAGGGUUUCUACUUAACCCUUUUAGGACUGAACAAUUUCUUCCCUUUAGAAGCUGUAAAAUAAAUGAGCAGUUUUAACUUCGUAAACAUUCUGUCUGUGUUCAGCACUGCAUUUGCCCCAUCUGGAGGUGCUAUGCUAAUGUCAUUUUUUAAAAUUCUGUAGCAUGUGUAUACAUUCAGUCUUAAAAGGGUUAUUUUUACAAACUGUGCACCUGUAAAGUUUCUUAGCAAUAAAGGUAGAAAAACGAGCAAGUUUUUACCAUAAUUUUGUAGAAUUAAUUGCUCAGUUCCAUAUUUCAUCAAGAAAAUCCCUGCAAUAUGGGCAGUUUUGAGGAUUAAAUAAAAGUGAAAUGUAAACCACAUAAAA